AGCGGCGGCGGCAGCGGCCGAGGCGGGGCUGCACGUCUCGGCACUCGGCCCGCACCCGCCCGCCGCGCAUCUGCGCUCGCUUAAGAACCUGGAGCCCGAGGACGAGGUGGAGGACGACCCCAAGGUGACGCUGGAAGCCAAGGAGCUGUGGGACCAGUUCCACAAGCUGGGCACCGAGAUGGUCAUCACCAAGUCCGGGAGGCGAAUGUUUCCUCCCUUCAAGGUAAGGGUCAGCGGCCUGGACAAGAAGGCCAAGUACAUCCUGCUGAUGGACAUUGUGGCUGCUGAUGAUUGUCGAUAUAAGUUCCACAACUCUCGGUGGAUGGUGGCAGGCAAGGCCGAUCCAGAGAUGCCCAAACGCAUGUACAUCCACCCAGACAGUCCUGCCACAGGCGAGCAGUGGAUGGCCAAGCCGGUGGCCUUCCACAAGCUAAAACUAACGAACAACAUCUCGGACAAACACGGCUUUACCAUCUUGAACUCCAUGCACAAGUACCAGCCGCGCUUCCACAUCGUGCGGGCCAACGACAUCCUGAAGCUGCCCUACAGCACCUUCCGGACCUAUGUGUUUCCCGAGACAGACUUCAUCGCGGUCACCGCCUACCAGAACGACAAGAUCACGCAGCUCAAGAUCGACAACAACCCUUUCGCCAAGGGCUUCCGGGACACGGGGAACGGCCGGCGAGAGAAAAGGAAGCAGCUGACACUGCCAUCCCUACGCCUGUACGAGGAGCAUUGCAAACCCGAGCGCGAUGGCGCCGACUCGGACGCCUCGUCUUGCGAACCUCCCCUUGCCCGAGAGGCGCCCUCGUCCCCCGGCGCAGCCCCAAGCCCCCUGCGUCUGCACCGGGCGCGAGCCGAGGAGAAGGUGUGCGCCGCGGACAGCGACCCCGAGCCCGAGCGCCUGGGCGAGGAGCGGGUGGGGACCGCUUUGGGCCGCAGCCCCAGCCUGGACGGCGCCAGCCCCCCGCGCCUGAGCGAAGCCGAGCGCGCCCGGGAGCGACGCAGCCCCGAGCGGAGCAAGGAGCCGCCUGAGAGCUGCGGGGACGGCGCGUUUGGCUUGCGGGGCCUGGAAAAGGAGCGCCCUGAGGCCCGGCGGAAGGACGAGGGGCGAAAGGAGGCGGGCGAGGGCAAAGAGCCAGGCCUGGCGCCGCUGGUGGUGCAAACGGACAGUGCGUCCCCCCUGGGCGCUGGACACCUGCCUGGCCUGGCCUUCUCUGGCCACCUGCAUGGGCAGCAGUUCUUCGGGCCUCUGGGAGCCGGCCAACCACUCUUCCUGCACCCAGGACAGUUUGCCAUGGGGCCCGGCGCCUUCUCUGCCAUGGGAAUGGGCCACCUUCUGGCCUCAGUGGCAGGCGGCGGCGGAAACGGUGGAGGCGGUGGGCCCGGGGCAGCCGCAGGCCUGGACGCAGGCGGCCUGGGCCCCGCAGCCAGCGCAGCCAGCAGCGCCGCUCCCUUCCCGUUCCACCUCUCCCAGCACAUGCUGGCAUCUCAGGGAAUCCCGAUGCCCACUUUCGGAGGCCUCUUCCCCUAUCCCUACACCUACAUGGCCGCAGCCGCCGCCGCUGCCUCUGCGUUGCCGGCCACCAGUGCGGCCGCAGCCGCCGCCGCCGCCGCCGCCGCGGGCUCCCUGUCCCGCAGCCCCUUCCUGGGCAGUGCCCGGCCCCGCCUGCGCUUCAGCCCCUACCAGAUCCCGGUCCCCAUCCCGCCCGGCUCCAGCCUCCUGGGCCCGGGGCUGGCCGCCGAGGGCGUCCAGGCAGCGGGCGGCAGCCGCGAGCCCAGCCCUCCGCCGGAGCCGGCUCUCCGCAAGGCAGGGGCCCCGGGCCGCGGAGCCCUGUCUCCUGGCACGGCCAAGGAGGCGGCCAGCGAACUGCAGAGCAUCCAGAGGCUGGUGAGCGGGCUGGAGAGCCAGCGGGCCCUCUCCCCCGGCCGGGAGUCGCCCAAGUGAGCGGCCGCCGCGCUCGCCACCGCCGCCACGCAGGCCUCCCGGGCUGCUCGCCCCGCCGCUUGGGACGUGUACAGCACAGAAUGGGUAUUUAUUGAAAGAGCCGAGCAGAGGUGGCUGCAGCCG